AGUCAUAACAGGAAAGAAUCAGCUUGCAGUCUAGUCUACAGUGCUUAUAUUUUUUCCUUCCUUCUAUCAUUAGACGUUGUCCGUUCUUGCAGCGGAAAUGACCAAUGAUGUGGUAAAUGAAGAUAAAGCUCCCAAGGAAUACGCGUAUUAUUGGUCUCAAGAUUCAAGCUUAACGCUCGACGAGUUUUUGGACAAAUAUAAACCAUCAAUGGUUCAAAACGAUGGCACUAAGCCUUGGAUCUGGGUCAAAGGUGCAGAAGCCUCCAAAAAAGACACUGGAACGAUACAAGCUGAAGAGGAAGCUUCCGCUUUGCUGCAGGAAGUCUCGAAGAAAGUGGAAGAUAUCAAGAACGACGCGUCAAUUCCCGUGCGCUCCAACAAAAAGACAGGGGCCAAAAGUAAGAAGGAGUUGCGUGAACAAGUGCAAACAGAAGCGACAGAUAAGCUGAAAGCUAUAUCGAUAAAACACGGCUAUGUUUCGGGGAAAUGGCUUAUAUUUGCACCGCCAGAUAGAGUUGACUCCGUCUGGUCAAGUGUGGCCAAGUCGUUAGUCAAUGGCCCGCUAUUGUCUACGGCAGCAUUCCUCACUAAAGUGGCUACAUCACCCGAGAGCGAGACGCAACACUACCAACACGUCAUUUGUCUUUAUAUGCCAGAUGUUUACGACAAAAAUAGUGUAACAGACGUCAUGAAAGUUCUAUUGAGAAAUCAUGGCGUAAACCUUAGCGGAGUAAAGUCAGAUCUGUAUACGGUAAUUGGGCUUGAUAGCAAGCAUCCCAGUGGAAUUCCGUCGACGGUUUGGAAGAACACAGCCCUGAUGAAGGACACGGAAAUUAAAGAGCUUAAAGAUGCCUAUUUCUCUGAUCUCUCCGCCGCAAAGAAAGUAACUAUUACUAAAGUGCCUGAAGUAAAUGAUGCUUCUACCGUCGGGAGUAAGCGAAAGCCACCUCUCAAGAAAAAGGAAAAGGCAAAGGAAGACGAUCCAUUUGCCUCUGAUGAGGAUGACAACCAAGUAGAUGAAAAGAGAAGAAAAAACGAGGUGAAAAUGAAGAAGGCAGGCACUAGUGCGAAGAAAAGAGCUUCUGAAAGCGAAACUGAAGAGGAAGACGUCAAACCGAAGAAGAGAAAGAUAAUGAAGUGAACGUGACUACGGUAUGACAUAUGUUCUACUAUUUCCCCGACAUUCGUACACUACAUGCUGCCUUGAAUUCACAUAUUUGGACAUUUUUGCCCACAAA